CUUACGGGGCGGGCUCUCUGCGGCGAGCCGGAAAGGUGGCGGUGGCGGAGGCGCAGGCCGUUGGGGCUGCUUCCCUACAGGUGACCAUGAAGGGCUUAUAUUUUCAACAAGGAUCCACAAAUGAAGAAGUAACAUUUCUAUUCCAAGAAAGGGAAAAUCUUGCUGUUACACAGGACAACUACGUGAGGGUGCAGGUGAAGGCUUGUGCUCUGAGCCAGAUAAACACCAAGCUUCUGGCAGAAAUGAAGAUGAAAAAGGACUUCUUUCCUGUGGGCAGAGAAAUUGCUGGAAUUGUGCUAGAUGUUGGAAACAAGGUGUCAUUCUUUCAACCAGAUGAUGAAGUAGUUGGAAUUUUGCCCCUGGAUUCUGAAGACCCUGGAGUUUGUGAAGUAGUCAGAGUGCAUGAACAUUACUUGGUUCAUAAGCCAGAAAAGGUCUCGUGGGCAGAAGCCGCUGGGACCAUCCGGGAUGGAGUACGAGCCUACACAGCUCUGCAUUACCUUUCUCACCUCUCUCCAGGAAAAUCAGUGCUGAUCAUGGAUGGAGCGAGUGCAUUUGGCACAAUAGCCAUCCAGUUAGCACACCACAGAGGAGCCAAGGUGAUUUCCACGGCAGGCAGCCUGGAAGACAAGCAGUGCCUCGAAAGGCUUCGGCCUCCUGUAGCCCGGGUGAUUGAUGUGUCCAGUGGGAAAGUUCAUGUUGCCGAAAGCUGUUUGGAAGAAACAGGUGGUCUGGGGGUCGAUAUCGUCCUGGACGCUGGAGUGAGAUUGUAUGGUAAAGAUGAUGAACCAGCCGUGAAAUCCCAACUACCCCAUAAACAUGACAUCAUCACACUUCUGGGAGUUGGAGGCCACUGGGUGACAACAGAAGAAAACCUUCAGCUGGAUCCUCCAGAUAGUCGGUGCCUUUUCCUCAAAGGAGCGACCGUGGCUUUCCUCAAUGAUGAAGUCUGGAAUUUGUCCAAUGUACAGCAGGGGAAGUACCUUUGUGUCUUAAAAGAUGUGAUGGAGAAGCUGUCAGCUGGUGUCUUUAGACCGCAACUAGAUGAGCCCGUCCCACUCUUUGAGGCCAAAGUCUCCAUGGAAGUUGUCCAGCAAACUCAAGGAAGGAAAAAGCAAGUUGUUCAGUUUUAAUUUUUCUUGUUUCUGAAGCCUCAGGUGGAUGAACCCGUACUAGUGUUUGAAGCCAGAGGCUUCCUUGGAACUGGUUGGGACCAAUCAAAGACCAUAAAAGCAAGUUGCUCCAUCCUUAGACCCUGCCUUCUCGCUGUCUUCACGCAAAACACGCAGGGUUUAUUGGCAGAUUUGAAAAGUCUUUGAAAAAUGUGCAACUGGUUGAGAUGUUUUUAUUGUUAGCUUCCGAAGAGAAUAUUCUGC